AGUUCGUUUCAUGUGUUGUGUUCACAACACCGACAACCAUAAAUAAAAGUAAUAUGUUGACUACAAACAACAAUACAAGAGCUAAACAUACUAAGGUACACCUUUUGAAGUACUUCGCUGAAUAUAACCUAGACUAAUUUGAAUUUAUUGUUUUCAUGAUAUCACAAUAUUUAUUCAGAACUGGAGUUUCAAGUAUGCAAAGUAAAGAGUGUGAUUUAUGCGAAACAACUUAUACAACACAUUCCAGUUUGAAACUGCAUGUCCAAACAUUUCAUCCAGACAAAGUGGAAGAAUUGUUACCUAAAAAGAUUUAUAAAACAGGAGCUGUAUGUAAUGAAUGUGAUAAAUCUUUUACCAAAUACUGCAGCUUAGAAAGGCACAUAAAAAGAUUUCAUCCAGAUAAAUUGGUUGAAAUGGCACCGAAAAAGACGUUUGAUAAAAGAGAGGUUUGCAAUACAUGCAAAAAAACUUUUACAAAAUAUUCUAGUUUGGAGAGGCAUGUGAAAACGUUUCAUCCAGAUGAAAUUGACAAUUUACCCCCCAAAAAGUUUUGUAGUUACAAAUGUACCGUAUGUUCGAAGGUGUUUUCGAAAAUUAAUAAUUUCAAUUCUCACAAAAGGGUGCACGAGAGGCAGAUUGUCCUCAAUCGUAGACGCAACCGAGUGAAGUGUCCUUUAUGUAAAUACGAAGAUACAUUCAAAUCUAAGCUGAUAAAGCAUUUCCUAGAAAAACAUGAAAUAACCGUCAAACCUGAAACUAGACAGUUCGAUACAUUUGAUGAGUUUCUACUUUGGAAAACGGAGGAAGAAAAAACAGCAAAGUCAUUAUUCAUAAAGAACCGCGCUAGCCAGAAUUCCACAAAUUCCACUAAAAUAGUAUACGAAUGCCACAGGUCUGGAAACUAUACCGCCAAAGGAAAAGGAAAGAGACGUUUGAAGUCCCAAGGUUCAAACAAAAUAAAUGCGUUUUGUCCAGCCAGUAUCGCCGUUACUCAAGAGGCGAAUGACACAGUCCGCGUGGAAUAUAUCUCAACGCAUGUCGGACACGACACGGACUUGGCCCAUUUACUUCUGGACAAUGAAGUGAAGCAAGAACUGGCCAGCAAGCUAGCUGCGAAGAUUCCGUUAUCGGUAAUUCUUGACGAGAUUCGAGAUUCCGUGUCCAAUACAAACUUUGAGAGAAUUCAUCUGCUGACUAGGAAAGAUUUGUAUAAUAUCGAACAUACGUACAAUCUAAACGACACUUCCCUCAGGCAAAAGAAUGAUGAGUCCGUAAGCGAGCAAGAAUGGAUAGAAAAACUGCAGAAUAGUAACUGUAUACUUUUCUACAAACCUCAAGAUUGUGUAUCGGAAGAGUAUUCAUUUUUAAAAGGAGACGACUUUGUUUUGAUUCUCAUGACGGAAGGUCAGAGGGAUAUUCUCAGCAAAUUCGGGAAUGACUGCAUCUGUGUAGAUGGAACGCAUGAAAUGAACAGCUACGGAUUCGAACUGAUAACUUUGAUGGUAGUUGACGAAAUGAGGGAGGGAUUCCCCUGUUCGUUCAUGAUUUCCAAUCGAACAGACGAAGAGGUUAUGGUUUUGUUCUUCUCUUGUAUCGAAGCGAGUAUAGAGUCGAAAAUUUCAACGAAAGUUUUCAUGUCAGACAUACCAGAAUCGUUCUAUAAAGCAUGGGUGAAUGUUAUGGAACCCCCUGAAUACAGGCUUUAUUGCUCUUGGCACGUAGACCGAACAUGGCGAAAAAAUCUUGCAAAGAUUGCUUCCAAGGAAACGCAGCUACCAGGGCUAUCCAGCCAGGAGUUCCAGGAUUAUGUUGCUACUACAGGUGGAGCCCACACUGAAGUGGAUGUAGCGGUCUACCAGCAGUUACACGCAUUACUUCAAGAAGAAGAUAUAGAAGCGUUUCCCAAUAUGUUAGAGACGUUUUUGAACAAUAUGUUCGAAAACAAGGAGACGCUGGAGUUUGGAAACUAUUUUUUAACGUACUACGUCAAUCAAGUCGAAGCUUGGGCUUACUGUUAUCGUCUAAACAGCAACUUUGACGCAAACAUGGACGUAGAACGCAUGCAUCACACUAUGAAGCACAUCUUCCUGAAAAGCAACAGUAGCAAGAAACUAGACAAAACAAUUUUCGCUAUACUGAAGUUUGUACGGGAAAAACUCCUUGAACAAUUGACAACGAUACGUAAAGGUAAACUGAGCAGCAAAUUGAAAGACUUGAGGUUGAGGCACGAUAAAAGCCAAAAACUUGAUCAGAACUCGGUGGCGAAAAUGGAAAAUGGUUGGGAAGUAUCCUCGUCCACGAAGCAAGAAAUGUAUUUCGUCGAGCAGAAGAAGCUCGAAUGUGAUUGUAAAAUUAUUUGCCCGGAAUGUAAUGUAUGUCUGCACCAGUAUUCGUGUACGUGCAUCGAUUCCAGCGUCAGAUGUAACAUGUGCAAGCACAUACAUUUAGUAUGCAGGUACGAAAAACAAUUAUCAGGUGAAAAAGAAGAUGAAACGACAGAAAUCAUAGAAGAACUGGAACUGAAAGAAGGUGAAAAUAUAGUUAUAAUUGAAGAAGCUACAAUGGAAGAUGAAAUCGAAGAUUUGGUUACUUUUGAAGAUGACAAGGAAAAUCAGAGAAGUACAAGCGAUGACGUUGACUUGGAAGAAGAAAAACUACAUUUGUCGAAUUGGAUAUGCGCCGAAAUUGACAGGAUAACUUCAGUGUCACAGUUGAAUGAAGUGAAAUGCUUACUCGAUCCGAUCGAACAUAUACUAGAUCAGCCAUAGUCAUGUCUUGAAUGGAAAGCAUGGAUCGAGAAAAUGAUUUGGCAGUUCUGAUCGUGGGAAGAACCAAAUUGGCAUUGGAUUGAUUCUACUGCCUAGAUUUCUGUACUAUAUUUUGUUGCAUCAGUGCUUGAAUGUUGAGAUAAUGAUAUUGAAAAAAACAGACAUUCUAAACUUGAA